UUGAAUUAUUUAUUUAGUAUUGUACAAUGAGUCACAUCUAAUUAAAUGUGCAAGUCCACUUGAAGCUGCAACGUAGCAGAGCGCCAGCAGGCUUCUUUAGAAAUCGCUUCUAUCAACCUACAUUGUGUGUCUUUCUCAUCCGGUUUUGCAAUUUCAGAUUCAUGCAAAUCAAAAACUAAAAAUGUCAUUGACCAUUCACCAAUAAAGAGUUAUCAGGAAGAGUAGGAGGACUAACUUGGGGCAGUGUGCAUAAGUUCAGGUGCAAUAAACCCUGCUCGGCCCAGCGGGUCAAUGGGUCACCGGCCAAUGAGUCGGCUUCAAAUUAAACCAAGAGGAAAGUGGCCAACCCAACAUCCCGGAGGCAACAAGUUGUCCCUGUGGCGGCCUGGCGGCGCCCUCCAGCGGUCACGUCGAGUGGACACAUCCAGCGCCCCCCCCCCCCCGGCCGCCAUCUGCCGCCCGGCUCUCUCCACCAAUGGUUUGUUUCGGGUUUCCCUCCGCGCUCUUUGUGCGUGUUCAGACCAUGUCCUGUCUGCGUGUCGGUGAGACGUCUCCAGCGGCGGCAUGUCGCGGGGUUUAGAGCGCGCUCGGACAGGGGACGCGGCGCCGUGGCCUCUCCUCUCCUCUCCUCUCCGCGGGGACGCACUGGGCAGCGCGCACGGCCCGCGCGGCGCAGACACACGUCGGAGAGCGCAGAAGAAGAGUUCUCCGUGAACGCAGUGGGGGGGUUUCUGCGCUUUUUUAAAGGGGUCACUUUGGUCUGAGCUGUGAAAAAAAAAAAGCAUCAAGCCCCCGCAGGGCCUGCAUCAUCCGCUCACACCCCAUUACUGCAGCAUGGGUAACUUUUCCAGCAAGGACAGCCAUGGACCCACAGCUGGGGAUAGUUUCCACACUCCUCCCGCCUCCCCACAGACCGACGGGCCUCCUUCCCUGCUCAGUGGCCCCUCUUUCCUCCAACCUACUCCUCACCCUCCCACCACCGGGGCACCGGUUUCGUCGCCACCUCCCGUCCCAGUGGCCCCACCCGGCGGGAAGAAAGCCCAGCCGAGCGCCAACGCUACCGCCACCGCCCGCGGUGCCGCUCCUGACUGGAGGCCCCGCCCACCGGUCGGCUCAGACAGCUUCACCUUCGGCCCCGGCGUCGGCCCCGGCGUCGGCCCCGGCGUCGGCCCACUGCGCGACAAGUCAGGGAGUGCCGUGGGAAAUGGACAAGAUGCUUUGGGGAGGAAUGGGGGACCUCCCGCUUCCACCCCGCGACCCGCGGCCCCCCAGGGGAGGACCGUGGCCGUCGGCCCCACAAAGAGCCCCGCCUCCCCGUGCGGCGCCUCACCUGUGCUGGCCGGCUCUUCGGGGCCGGACCGGAAGGAAAGGGACGGCGGCCCAAGUCAGCCUUUGCCGGGGGGUCACGGAGGUGGGGACGGCCGGGGCGAGGCGCUGGAGAAGCUGCUGGAGGAGUGUAGGUCAACACUGGGUAUCACUGCCAAUCAGGAUGGGGCCAAAAACACUGCAGAGGUACUAAAGCAUCUAGUGACAGAAGUGAAGAGUUUGAGGAGUACUUUACAGACGGAGCGCGGCGACUGGCUGCAGUUCCAGGCCGACCUGCAGGUGGCGGUGGCGGUGGCGGACCGCCUGAGGGCCGAGGCCGAAGAGGAGCUCACGUCGCUGCGCUCGGCUCACGAGGACGUGGGGCGGGAGCUGGCCGCUUCCCGGCAGAGGCAGAAGGAGGCCGACGCCCACCUGGUGACCCUGAGAGGGGAGCUGAAGCAGAGCCGGCAGAGGCUGGCCGCUCUCGCCCAGGCUCCGCGUCAGGAACCGGAGAGGCCCGACGGCUCCGAGGGCAACGGAGGUGCCCCGAGGGGCCGGGAGAGGGGGCCGUGCAGGCCGGGGCGGGCGGGGGCGGAGGCGGAGGCCAGGGGUCGGGACGGAUCGACGAGGAGCGUCGAGGAUGCCAGCGGGGACUGUAAAGGUGUGACCCAGCGUUACCUGAGGAACGUGACCAAAAAGGACCGGGGCGGAGAGGAGGCGCGAAGGACAGCCACCACAGAGAGGUCAAGGAGCCUUUCCAGGUUACCUGCGUCCUCCGGUUCCCCCACCAUGCAGAAUGGAACCUUCCAGCCCCGGUCUGCCUCCACCGUUGGCCUGACAAACAAGAACUCGGGACAACCGAGAGGCCGAAGAAGUCUGGAUUGGCAAGACAGCCGGUCGAGUAGUGAAACAGGGAAACGUGAGGAGUCUCUAAACAAGCACAACUCUACCCUCACUGAGCUGCCUCCCACCAAGUCCCAGGAUGGUUUCAGCCUGCUGCUGCGCCGCCACGGCGGCUCGAAGAGAAACUCGCUUCUCCGCUGGUGUCAGAGCCGAACCCACGGCUACGAGAAUAUCGACAUCACCAACUUCAGCAGCAGCUGGGCCGACGGUCUGGCCUUCUGCGCCGUGUACCACACCUACCUCCCCUCACACGUCCCGUACGCCGCGCUCACGCCGGAGGGCAAGAGGGAGAACCUCUGCCUGGCAUUCAAAACAGGAGAGACCGUUGGGAUUGAACGAACCCUGACGUUGGAGGAGAUGCUGAGAGCAGGCGGUCCCGAUUGGCAACGGGUCCUGAGCUACGUGGAGAACAUCUACCGUCACUUUGAGAUGUGACCCUGAAGGUCCCUCUAACGGGAAACGAGAUUGGUUCCCGGAAAACGAUUAAAUGCCCUUUCUCGUGUGCCCUGAUAAAAUGUCAAAAAGUAUUUUAAAUUUCUAUGUGCUACUGUGGACUCAAGUGACCUCUGCUUGUGAAACGCUUCAGAAAAUGUCCUCCGACCAGCAGUGGCUCGUUUUCAGUGUCCCAUUCAUUUUUAUAUAUUUUUAAUACACUUAAUCUGCUGCCAUUUGAUUUUUACAUCAGAACGUAGGAAAGAAUCUAGACACAGUGGAAGUCUGACCAAUUGAGACCGACAAUAAAACACCUUUAAAAACAUUUUAAAUAUGAUUGACCAUUAUAUAAAGAAUUUGAGGAAGAUAUAUAUAUAUAUAGUCUUCACACUGGCCAAAACAAUACUGUAUGACAGACAUGUCUUUUAUCAAAUCUGUAGGAAGUUCUUAAACUGCCAAUGUGUGUUUUCCCUUUAUACUUCUCCCCGAACCCUUUUUAGCACUCUGUAAAUAUGCACUUUUGUAAACACCUCGUUGGUGUACGAAUGUAUUAAUGUACAGUACAGAUGUUACGCAACCUCUGGGGACUUCCACAGGCUCGGCAUGGUGUUUGUUCGAAACGGCCGCAGACCAGUCAGGAUCCGUCGGCUUCAGAUUUCUCUUUUUGGAAAAAAAAAAAAAAAAAAAAAAAACUUUUCUCACAGCAAACACAGCGACUGAAUGGCAACAAGUGCCUCCAUGUUAACAAAAGUGCGAGUUGCAUUACAGGAGUGACGUAAGAGAAAGUACAAGCCAACAUCAGCUCAGGUCACACCUGCGUCCUCACGGAAGACCAGAAACUGGAUAACAAGUUUCAGCAAAUGUAACGCGGGAGUUUGAUGUUCCAACAUUUUUAAACCUUUUUAUGUAUGUAUGUAGAGUGAAAGGGAAGAAUACCAAAGAAAUAAAAUGUUAAUAUGAAGUAAAUGACGCAGUGUGGAUAUUGUGCAUCGCAGGGAAAUUCCAAAGAACAACUCAGAGUAAAUUAAACGUUUACUUUAAUCAUAGCACUAAGCAGAGUGAAGAACUCUCAUGUCUACCAGCUUGGAAGUGAGGAGUUAGCCUUGACUUGACCACCUCCUGCUGGUAAAGAGUUAGAAGGGCCUUCACGUGUUUUCAUGUCCGCUUGGUAAAAGGUUCGAGGUGAAAACAUGAUCCAACCAGGUCAGCCCCUCCCCUCCCAGCUGCAAUUGUUACACAAACCCUUUGUGUUGCACCAAUUUAUGUGUUCCCCACUUGCAUAACCGUGCAAAAAAUGACAAGACGUCCCUUGGCCUGGCAAAAUUUGGUUUUCCAAAAAGUGAUCAAAUGUUUCCAAAAGCGAUAAAGAUUAAAACGGCAGCAUCUCAGUUUUCUGAUAGCACGUCACGUGUAAACCUCUCAGGUGGUUUUGUGUCACACGUUACAUGCAGCCUUGUUUCCCCCCCCUAAAAAAAAAAAAGACAGAUGAGACGUGUCCCCCCUGGGCUAGAA